AUGUCGAAUGCCGACGGCAUCGCUGUUGAUCCGACCCCUACAUACUCAACAGGAAAUAUCGUCUUCUAUCAGCAACGGGGAACCCUACAAAGUGAUAACCACAUUGAUGAAUUCGCUGCAAACAGUAGACACGGAGGGUAUGAAGCACGAUAUAGUUCCAUUACAGUAUUAUCAUUCCGCAGUAUUAGCUGA